AUGUCCGAGCCACGUGAUCGGCGCCUCGCUUGGCUUGGCUCCCGCCAUGACCGCGUUGGAGUUGCCAGCACGAUGGCAGACCAAGCUGAGGUAUACGAGGAGCAGAACGUGCACGAGGUGUACCAGCAGAUUGCGGGGCACUUCUCGGCCACGCGCUACAAGCCGUGGCCGAUUGUGGAACAGUUUCUCCAGGGCCUGCCCGCCGGGUCUGUCGGGCUCGAUGUGGGCUGUGGCAAUGGCAAGAAUCUCCAGGUGAACCGUGAUGUGUUCAUAGUAGCAUCCGAUCGAUCCGAAAACCUGGCCAAGAUAGCAGUCCAGCAUCAGCCCCAUACAACCGUGGUGGCCGAUAUCCUCCAUCUCCCGCAUCGGGAUGCAUCCUUCGACUUUGCGGUCUGCAUUGCCGUCGUGCACCACAUGUCGACCCCGGCGCGUCGGGUCCAGGCCAUCGCCGAAAUUCUGCGGACCCUAAAGCGCGGAUUUGCCGCGCAGCCCGGCGGUCGUACCCUGAUCUAUGCGUGGGCGCUCGAGCAGAAAAACAGCCGGCGUGGCUGGGACAAGGGCGACUCGCAAGAUCUCAUGGUGCCGUGGGUGCGCCGAGCCAAGCCCGGAUCGGGCGAUCAGGACCAAACGUACCACCGGUACUACCAUCUGUAUGAGAGCGGGGAACUGGAGCGCGACAUCGAGCAGGCCGGGGGAGUGGUAUUGGAGUCAGGGUAUGAGAAAGAUAAUUGGUGGGCGAUUGCAACGCCCAAGACCGGUCCAUGA